AACAGUCUUUUGUGUGUAUACACCUAUUUUAUAUAUACUAUUAUAUACCUUUUUCUUGUUCUUAACAGUAUAUUUUUAUUUCUAGGAAGUUUUGUAUCGACAAUUAGUGAAAAUAUAUACGUGUACAAUUUCUGCAAAAGUCAAUUUGUGAAAAUAAGUCUUUCCUGCAAAAAGGUUUAUUUGUUAAAAUUAAUCAACAUGAAUUUUUAGCAAAACAAAAAGAUUUCUGAAUCUUGUAAGCAGCUUUAAUUGAAAGCUAUAUAAAUCCCAAAUAAUUUAUAAGGACCUAAACUAAAAUUGCAAACUAAUUCACUGCAAAGCAAGUUGAAAUUAUUCGUUCCAAACAUUUAUAUAUUUCAAAAAUAAAUUUUUGAAAUUUUUUAAAAUGACUAAUUUGUGAAAAUUAUUCUUUACGGAAGGUAAUUUUUAAUAUAAUUAAUAUAAACUGGCUAAUAUAAUUAAUAUUAUUAAUAUAUUUAAUAUAAACUGAAUUAUAUACAGAAAUAUCAUAUUCCACAUAUUAUGGAAUCACACAAUCCAUACUCACAUCAUCAUCAUCAUUCUCGGCUUAACGUCCGUUUUCCAUGCUAGCAUGGGUUGGACGGGGUAUAUUAAUGACCCUCUUCCAAUCUGAUCUAGACUGUGUUAGAUCUAAACUCAACUUCCUUUGUAUCAACUCACCUUUUUGACAUAUUUUUAAAACUAUAUGUAGCUGUGUGGAUGUCUUUUUAAUACAGUUGGCACAAAGUGUGUGAAUUUUUUUUUGACAAUGGUAAAUAUAUGUGUAUACAUUUUUAUAUAGCGAAAUCUUCAAGAAUCAUUUGUAUUGGUUGGUACCAUAACAGUUAUUACAAGGAAUGGGACUGAUGGCAUGGCCUAUCCUAUUAUCUUGGGAAAAAAAUGGUAACAAUUGGAAAGUUGAAACAUCGUCUACGUCAAAUAGUUUAGAAAGUAUGUUGAUGAGAGAAAAUAUCAGGUUGAAAAAGAAAAUUUCAGAGCUCGAGAACCAACUUUCAACAGACUCUACAAGCUUACCUAUAGAAAAAAACCGCAAAAAAUGUCCAUCACAGUCAUGUGAUAGUUGUGUUACAAAUUUAUCUCGGCACAUGAUAGAAGUACACUAUUGGCCCCAGAGUAAGGCAAAAUAUUGCGUUGGCAUAUACGGAUUGAGGAAACCAGGUGUUAGGUUUUAGGUUGUCGAAACAAAAGAAUGAGUUUGCACCUCCAAGACGUCCACAAACUAUCAAAAGGACCUUACUAUUAUAGUAUGUUGAAAUUAGCCAGGGUGUGUGACGUUGCAUCAAACAACGAAGUACACAUAUGACAUCCAUCCCUGCCAAGCAUGUCGCCACUGAUGAUCGCCACUGAUCCGAAGUAACAGAUUCGGAUAGUGACAUGGAAGAUGACGAAGUGGUUGACUCUGCUGAAAUUUUAGAGAGGUUUGUGACAUAUAAAAUUUCAGUUGAUGGAGGGAAGAGUUGCCAAAAGAGUGCUAUUCAGUCAAAGCAGCAAUUGAGAGAUAUUUGGGCAGCUUUGGAUUCCUCAUAUCCCAGUGAUUUAGUCAGAAAAUAUAAAAUUCGCGACACCUUUUUGACAACGUAUGCCGAAAAGACAAAGGAAUACAAAGCUUUAACCAUUAAACGGUAUAUUUUGUCACUGCCACACUUCUAUGACUUUCUCCUUACUGAGGAGAUCCAUCUACCUGGAAUAGCACCAGAUAUGAUUUUAAGGAUGAAAGUUAGUGUAUCUCGAUGAAGCAAAUCUAAUAAUGGAACGGUAGAGAUACAGCAGCUUGAGAGACAGAUGGAGGAGCAACAAAUGCUUAUCACGCCUGAGCAGAUCCAACGGUAUGAGGAGUCUGCCAGUGCAAAGGAGGCUAUCUCGAUAAUUAAAAAUUUUCGUAGCCCUUACCGAGAAAACACCUUGUCUCGUCAAGAAUAUGCGUGUAUACGGGAUUUUCUCAUAACGGAAAUAACUAUAAUUAAUUUUCAGAGGUCUGGCGUACCUAGCAACAUGAACAUCGAUGAGGUGAAGGCUGCUGUAUUUCGUGAUGGUAAAUAUAUUAUUAAAGUAAAACGUCACAAGACAUUUAGGAAACACGGUCCUGUUAAUCUGUGUAAGAGAAACCUUGUACCAACAGCUCUUAAUUUUUUUCGAUUCAAUUCGCAGUCAGAUACACAGUGACUUUGAAAAUGUUUUUGUUUCAUAUAAUGGCAAGAUGUUAGAAUCUGGAGCAAUAUCGAAACAAAUUAAUAGCACUUGGAAAAGGUCCGGUGUUUAUGGUGAAAACGAUCCGCCAGUGAGGAAAAACAUCACUUCAAAUAUAUUUCAAAAGUCUGGAUCCACCAUCAUUGAAGAUAAAAAUCCAAGUGAAGCUCCAUAUGUUGCUAGCCUGCUGACGCACUCUGAGAGCACGUCAAAAAAUACUACCGUUUGAUAGAAAAGGAAAAGUAUGCCCUUAAGGGUACAGCUGCCUUGGAGGAAACUUUCAACAAACGUGGCAAAACAAAUAUUUACGAAAAAAAGAAAACGUGGACUGAUGCCGAAGUCGGGGAGUUGGAGACUCUAUUUAAGCAGUUUUUGACUGCGAAAUCUGUCAGAAUUGGCGAUGUACGUAAUCUACGUGAAAAGUUUAUCCAUCUUAUUCAUUUGUCUGAUAGGCAGAUUUUGGAUAAAUUGAGAAGCUACUGGCGCUAUGGAGUCACGGAAGGGGAGAAAGAUGGUAAUGAUGCUGUUCACAAUUCAUGCUCCUCUAUUGCAACUGAAUACAAACAAUCUGUGUCAAAAGGAGAUAAGCAUCAUGGUGAAAACGAAGAUGUUGACGAAGAAAGUGAAGAUGAUGAUUAUGAAAAUACAGUUUCUGGGAAGGAAAAAAUUUUCUCGAAUGUUGAAGCUAACAUCAUUGUCGAAAAGUGUGCCGAGAUCAUUCGUUCUGGACCAAUAUCCAUCAAUAGAGUAGAACGUGCACUCGAAUCAAGCUCUGUUGGAAAACGUACUACAAAACUUUGACAUGUCGCAAAUACAAACAAGGCUUAAAUAUGAGCGCUUGUAGUACAGAAAAAGUUCCAGAAGAAAGUGUCUCUAAACUGUUUUAUUUCUACCUUUACUGUACGAAACAUUUAACUAUAAUUUGGUGUAGUUUCGCACACUUUUAAUUAUUUUUCCCACUAUUAAACGCUCCUCAUUGUAUGUAUCGAGAAUGUUUUCAUUUUCUUUGAAUUCUUAUGGUUCGUUAAAAAAAAGAUCUGUAGCGCACGUUUUAAUUCUUAACGGUGCUGAGACAAGAGUAUGGAUUAAAAUAAGUACCAUUUGUUAAAAAUAGUUAUAUCGUUUUGCAGUAUACAAGUUAUGUUUUAUGUGCAUCACUUGACAUUUUUAUGUAUGUUAUUUUUCUAUAUAUAUAUUUAGUUAUGCAAAAACAAUGAACAAAAUUUCCGUAA